CAACACACACACACGCACAUACACACACACACUCACUCGCAGUGAGUCCUCUUGUCUUCUGCAUAGAGUUCGCUCCCUAUUCCAGCUUCACCAUUUGUCGGAAUGUACGCUCGAUAGACUGUAUCUUCUAAUUAUUCCCAGAUAUCCUGAUUGAAGGAUUUCUGAUCCGUUUGUGGUUGAGGUGAGGUGAGGAACGUGGACGAGAAGGAUGAUGCUGUUUAAAGCGAUUAUCCUGUGCUUACUGUACAUGGCGUCAGUUGGCCAGGCAGCGGAAUGUGUCAAAAUAGAAGAAUGCCCCAUAGACCUGUAUUUCGUUAUCGAUACAUCGGAGACCAUUGCUCUCCAGGAGUCUCCACCAGGUAGCCUGGUUUACAGUGUCACAAAUUUCACCAAGAAAUUUGUUGAAAAGCUAGAAGACGUAGAGUACAGGGGCAAGGUGAAGAUUACCUGGGCUGUGGGUGGACUGCACUUUUCCAUGACACAGCCGAUCAUUAGCAAACUCACCACCAAGGAGGACUUCAUCAAGAAAUUAGGGAUCGAUUACUUAGGCAAGGGCACCUUCACUGACUGUGCCAUCCAGAAAAUGAGUGAGGAGAUUAUGAUUAAAAAUUUGGAUCCUCCGAGCACCGCCAAGGCACAGCGCUUCGCAGUCGUCAUCACAGACGGCCAUGUGACUGGGAACCCCUGUGGCGGCAUCAAAGUGGCAGCCGAGCGGGCUCGGGAUAAGGGCAUUAAGAUAUUUUCCAUAGCAUCAUCCAACAGCCUAGAGGAACUAGGCCUCAGAGAAAUUGCUAAUUCUCCUGUCGGGGUUUACCGCAGCAACUACAUGGCUGUCGAUCUCUCCAAAGGACGACCUGAGAUUUUAACCGAACAUAUUGACCGCAUUUACAACACAAUGCGGCAUCUAGCUUAUCAAGAGUGCUACAGUAUAAAAUGCGAGCCAUCUCCUGGACCCGAUGGUCCCCCUGGUCCAAGGGGACAGAAAGGUGCCAAAGGAGAAAGUGGUACUACAGGUCCCAAAGGUGACAGAGGCCCUAAAGGUGAUCCUGGUAUUGAAGGUCCUAUUGGUUACCCUGGACCAAAAGGAGAUCGUGGUUCCAAAGGUGAAAAGGGAGAAAUCGGCUCACAAGGAAGGAAGGGAGUUGAAGGAAUUCCUGGACGCAAUGGCACUGAUGGUCAGAAGGGCAAAAUUGGCCGCAUUGGGGCUCCUGGCUGUAAAGGUGAACCAGGUGAAAUGGGUCCUAAUGGUUAUGCUGGAGAUGUAGGAGAGAGUGGCCCAAAAGGAGAUCCUGGAGAGAAGGGAGAUCCCGGUCGAGCUGGGAAAGACGGGCCACCUGGUCCACCAGGAGAACCUGGUCCCAAGGGUGAGAGAGGUAGUCCAGGCACACCGGGUGUCCCUGGGCAGAAGGGCCCUAAAGGUGGGGAUGGAGGGCCUGGCCCUAAAGGCGACCCUGGAAGAAGAGGAGACCCUGGACCAAAGGGAGGCCAGGGACCAGAUGGGUCAAAAGGAGAAAAGGGUGAACCAGGACCUGAAGGUUUAAGAGGGCUUCCAGGUGAAGCUGGCAGUAAAGGAACCAAGGGAGAUCCAGGACUUCCAGGACCAAGAGGUCCACCAGGACAAACAGGAGAGCCAGGAAGAAAUGGAAGCCGUGGUGACCCUGGUGAUUCUGGCCCAAGAGGUGACCCAGGACCCCCGGGAGCAAACGGUGACAGAGGCAGACAAGGAUUCAGCUAUCCUGGACAAAGAGGAGAACCGGGUACACAAGGAGAUAAAGGUAGACCUGGAGCUCGGGGAGCCAGAGGAGACUGCGGUCAAAAGGGAGAGCCGGGACAGAAAGGAGUACCAGGAGAGAGUGGAGAAUCUGGACCUCAAGGAGAGCCUGGACAAAGAGGGCCUAAUGGAGAACCAGGCAGAGAUGGUGAUCCCGGUCCAGAGGGAGACCCAGGCCUUACUGAAUGUGAUAUCAUGAACUAUAUUAGAGAGACCUGUGGAUGUUGUGAUUGUGAGAAGAGGUGUGGAGCACUGGAUAUCGUAUUUGUGAUUGACAGUUCUGAGAGUGUGGGACUAACAAACUUCACAUUGGAGAAAAACUUUGUAAUCAACACCAUCAACCGACUGGGCUCAAUGGCUAAGGACCCUCACUCAGAGACAGGAACACGUGUUGGUGUGGUCCAGUACAGUCACAGUGGAACCUUCCAGGCCAUCCAGCUAAAUGACUCCAAGAUCGAUUCCCUUUCAGCCUUCAAAGAUGCAGUGAAGAAUCUGGAGUGGAUUGCUGGAGGCACAUGGACUCCGUCUGCUCUGAAAUUUGCCUAUGACAACCUGAUUCGUGAUAGUCGACGUGCCAAGGCUAAAGUGACCGUGGUGGUGAUCACCGAUGGUCGUUUUGAUCCCCGGGAUCAAGACGCAUUGCUAAGUUACCUCUGCCAGGAUAGCAGCGUUGAUGUAAAUGCCAUUGGUGUUGGAGACAUGUUUGAAAAGGAAGAAGAAUCUGAGAGUUUGAAGUCCAUUGCCUGUGACAAGCAAGAUCGAGUAAUGGGCAUGAGGCGGUUUGCUGACCUGGUGGCAGAGGAAUUCAUUGACAGAAUUGAGACUGUUCUUUGUCCAAACCCAGUGAUUGUCUGCCCUGACCUUCCAUGCAAAUCUGAUGUGUCAUCUCAUUGGAAUGGGUACCCCAAACAUGGAUUCAUUGCAGAGGAAGGGAACGUUCUCCCAACUACUGUCCCAAACAUCUCAAACUUACUCAACUCUCUGCAGGAGGUCAAGACCCCCGAUGCCUACACCAGGGCUGUAGCCACAAUGGCCUACACAGCCCAGAGAGCCAAGUUCGCCAACGGGACAGAGAAACAGCAGUGGACUAAUUUGUUCAUUGACUCUUUCAGAGUUGUCUAUGGCGAUCUCCUGGGUGACCCUAACAAAGCCUUGGGGUUGUGUUAGGCAAUGUCAGCUCAUUAUUUGGCCAAACUGGGCUGUCAGAACGUGGCUAUGGCUAUAUAUUUUUGGUGGUGAAAACUGGUUGCUCUUGGCCUCGCUGUAGGAUUAUGUGAAAAGAAAAUGAAAUUGUAAUCACUAAAACCUCUAAAGCUUGCUGAACUAACAUUAAUUUGAGACAGCUCUAUUCAGGGCUAAAAUAUAACACUAAUGCACAAUGACCAGUUAGGCGGUCAGUGAUGCUAAGCAUGAUAAUGUCCUAACUUUUUAACUUAGAGGACUGAUGAUUAUUCAGACGGAAGCCUUUUUCUCCUGACCUCAGUGCCUGCUGCUUUUUUAUAUAUACUAUAUACUUGAACAAGGCUAAGAGAUAGAAUUGAGGUAUCCUGACAGACUGUGAGUUAUUUUCUUGCCUGCACAACUUAUUGUUAUUAGCCUGGGCUAAGCUGCUUAAACCCUCAGGAUUUGGGAGGCGUUUUGGCUCUGCAGAGAGAUAUAUUCGGUAGUUUUAGAUGAUCAGCUGAGAUAUCGGCGCGAUAAGCAAAACUCAUGAUAUGUGUAAAUAUUGCAUUUUGAGUAAACCACAUUGGGACUUUCUGAUAAAGUUUUGCACUUUGCACAUUACCGAUGUUUAGGCUUUAUUUCCUCUACGGCCUACGCAUUAUAAUAGAAUACAUGUUUUACUUGAUUAAAUGCAAACCUCACUGCCAGUUCCAUUCAUACAGUAAUUCAGUUUUAUUUUACUUUAAUUUCGGGUUAAAAAUUUAAGUUACUGUAGAGUACAGUAGGAUUAAAGAUUUAAAGCUUUUAUUAAGCUAUUAUUGCAUGACAUACAAAGCACAUGAACCUGGAAAAUACCAAAAAUAACCCAGUAGCUCUGACUUCUUUUUAGCUAUAGGGCAAGUUUAACAUUUUACGAUAUAAAGAACAUGGGGAAUAAACUCUAUGUAUGACUAGUGUCAAAAUCUGAGUUGAGAAUAAGUUGAGAAUACAAAAUGCUGCAUCGUUGUUAUAUGUAUUAUUGCUAUGUGCAAUUAGAAAAAGCUCCAGGACUGCAAGAUCAUAUAUAAUAAAUAUAUACUGCAAACAAACCAAGUUUUUCAUUUAAGUUAUUGUCUGUAGCUAAGGCUCUUUUAUUUUAGAUUAUACAAGCUACAGAUUAUACAACAACAUCCGAUAUAUUCAUGCAAUACUUUAUGUUUAUUUUAACCGAUCCAUGAUCACUGUUCUGAUGCUGUAUUAGAGUCGCAUGGCUCAGCACAUGCAAAAAGGAUCUGCAGGUAUUAGUUUGUUAUUGUAGCUGGUUUGCACAUAAAACUAGCAUUGAAUGUGUUAUUUGUUGUGGCAUGUAAUAGUCUGUUACACAGGACCGAAUCACUUGCUACCCACAUUUGAACAGAAUUCAUAAUUUUAUGUUGUUUUUUUCAAAGUAGCUACAAAUUCCAGCAUGCAACAUGGCAACCCGUGUUCAACCUCGGGGAAUGUGUACUGAUAAACCAAUCCAGAUCUCUAAAAGAGAUCCAUCACUCUGAGAUCUCUGAGUUGAUAUAUUUUCUCUGAAAUAGAUCACAGCAAUAUUGUGAUAAUAUUGUGAAAAAUCAUAGUGAUUUUUCAGAACUUUACCAGCCAACAGAAAAUGACUGCUUUUAAAGCACUUUUAUGGGAGGGGUAAUUCUGGUCCCUGUCUCUAUAGUGCACAUUUCAUCUCAGCUAAGUAGCUAACUAUCAGUAAAAUGGCUAAAAUGCAUGCUAACGCAAGAGUUAACAUGCUUAGCUUGCUACUUAACUAACAUACCUGAAUCAUAUUGCUUUAACAACCCUACAUACUGUAGCACCACAUAUAAUUGACCAAUUAUUGACAUAUUUAGCUAUCUAACAUUUAGCUAUCUAACAUCUGGCUGGGCCUCGGCUUUCAGCGUAACAGUGUCCAUUGAACUACAUAGCAUCAAGGAAGAUGCUAAAGAAAAGGAAAAUUCUUUCUGUAUUUAAUAUAAAACAGAGAGCAGAGAAGCUCCAUCUACGGAAACAAAAGGAGCCGAACUGAGGUAGGACAACUAGUUAAAGUCUUCACUCGUGUGACUACUAGUACGAUGUCUAGUAAGGUCGUUAAUACAAGAUAAUUAAUCAUGUAACAUUGCUAGCUAACAUUAUGGUAGCUACUUGUGUUGUUGCUAACAUCAGUUAUUUGGCUCAGUGUCUUUUUUUGUAACGCUUGCUUCCUGUUGCUCUUCUCGCUAGCACAGUGCUUCUUCUGUAUUUUCUGGCUUGAACAUAGAUAGUUGGACAUCAACCAAUUUACAAAGCAAAGUGAUUGCUUAGCUGUAGCCAACUAGCUAUGUUGAUGUCGCAUCCCUGAAUAUACCGCUAUCUAUUUUGUGAUGCAUUUCCUGUGUCCGUCAUUCCACCGUUUCCCCUCAUACACCAAUAUCCAUUGUAGUUUUUCAAAUGUUUUUAAGAUAUGUAUUAGGAGUGGGUUUCCUCAGCAGUGAAACCAGGAAAUCUCACUGCAGAGCCCACUGCGUCAUCGCUAUAAGACGCAAGUAGGCAGGUUUACAGCAGAUAUAUC